GUGGAAGCUCCCAUGCUGCUCAGCUACCAGCGAGGGGAAGUGUUUGUUAGGGCUUCAGAGUCUUCCUCGGCUGGAUCAUCCCGUGCGAAGACUCUUGGCUAUGUCCUGCUCUCUUGCACAGCUCUGUUCGCCCUGGCGCUCCUCAUCGGGAGCACUGGCCCGAGACGAUCCGAGCUGGGGAUGAUCGGAGACAUUAGCACCAUCGGCGAGAUCCAUGCCGCGUACAUCCAUGGCAGCAUCCCGACGGCAGCGCAGGAGGCGGACGACAUCAUGGACCUUCCCUUCCCUGAUGCUAGGAACGGAUCCGACGCCAAGGAGUGGAUGCCCAGCGCGUACAUCAGAGGGUCGAUCGACACGUCAGCUCAAGAGGCUCAGGAUAUCACUGGGGUGGCGAAGGACCCGAGGAAGGAGUUCUUGUAUCAGACCAAGGCGAAGACGAGCAAGCUGGGGAUGAUUGGAGAUAUCCACACCAUCAACUCAAUCCAUGCCGCCUACAUUCAUGGCAGCGUCCCCACGGCCGCUCAAGAGUCUGAUGAGAUCACUACUUUCGCCUUCCCGGAUGAGAGGAAUGGAUCGGACUCAAAGACCCUCAUGCCCAGCGCUUACGUCAGAGGUUCCAUCGAUACUUCCUCUCAGGAAGCCUCGGACAUCACUGGCGUUGCCAAGGACCCAGUGAAGCGAAGCUCCAGGCGAAGCAGAGCCGACUUGAGAGCCAUUACAACCCCCAGCUGAAGGCAAGGAAGUCCCAGCUAGGAAUGAUUGGAGACAUCAGCACCAUCAACGACAUU